AUGGAUUCCUCAAAACGGAUAGAACAAUACAAUCCAGAAUUGGACACCUUUCGUCAAGAAUGGCUCGCCGAGGUUUCUUCCAGAGUAAAGUUACAGUCGAGCUGUUCAGUUGCUCCAACUCUGACACCAGGAGAACCACAUUCCUCCCCUAAUAUAACUAAUCUAAAGCAACAUCAGAUCAUUACACAAUCAUCUAAGUCCAGUGAUUGUGCCGAGAUCACUGAUAGGGAAAAAAUUUCACAGACGCGUUAUAAGGACCCGCAAGUUGCAUUAUUACUAUACGAGCAAGCUGUAGAAAGGGAAGAUCAGGGUCAUCUGGGAGACAGCCUUGAUCUUUACCGCAGAGCUUUCCGCAUUAAUGAAGAUGUGCAAUGUAUGUACCAAAAUAAACAUUUUCCGCUAUCCUCUGAGACUGUCACUCACAACAUCAUAUCCAACGAGCCCAUAGAACCUGGCUCUAAAGAAUUACCAUUUAGCACAGGUCAAAAUGUUACCAGAGAAAUGAAUUCUGGCUUCUCUGAAUUUUCAGUAGAGUCAGUAUUGUCAGACCCGAGAGACACGUCUCUACCAUGCCCUAUCACAGAACUUCCGGACGAAAUUAUCGUUCAUAUCUUUAUGAAUCUAGCUGUCAUAGACGUAGCUAGCUUUGCCAGAGUGGCACAGGUAUGCAAGAAACUUGCAUAUUUCGUGGCGACAGAAGAGCAAAUAUGGAAAAAGGUCUGUCUCAGUUCUGAGGUUGGUUUCGGCGCAAUGCACUUUGAAUGGCAACGAGAUGUCCUUGGCGGGCAACUCCUUCAAACUACAUGUCGGAGCCCGAGCAGCAAUUCACACGAUGAGGUUAUUCAGUUCGAAAAGAAUACUAUCUCAGAGGUUUUACUCCAUAAGGUUUAUCGAUCAUCAUGGUGUCAAAUGUUCCGUUUACGACCAAGAAUACGUUUCAAUGGCUGCUACAUCAGUACUGUCAAUUACAUGAGACCUGGACAGUCCGAUCCGGCCCAGAGUUCUUGGAAUACACCAGUCCACAUUGUGACAUACUACCGGUACCUCCGCUUCUUCCGCGACGGAAGUAUGGUAAGUCUUUUAACUACAAAUGAGCCAAUGAGCGUGAUUCAUCACCUAACCAAAGAUCUCAUUGACGCUCGCCGUAAAGAUGCUGUAGCACAUCCCUCAGUAAUAACAAAAAAAGCCUUACGUGGGCGCUGGCAUCUAUCAAGCAUCAGUGAAGUUUGUGGAUCAAAGUCGGGUGAGAUUAGGGGUGAUGUUUUAAUUGAGACCGAAGGUGUUGUGCCUAAAUAUAUAUAUCAAAUGAAGUUAUCUUUUCGCAAUGCUGGAAAAAUUAGUAAAAACAACAAACUCAUCUGGAGGGGAUUCUGGUGCCUCAAUACAUUGACCGACGACUCGAGCGAAUUCAACUUGAAAACUGAUAAGCCAUUUUAUUGGAGUAGAGUCAGGAGCUAUGAAAAUGAGUACUAG